GUGAUUCUGUGAUUAAGUGUACUCCAAGCAAAGCCUCUCGCUGCACAGCUGGUACGUGCUCAGUAUGUGCCCCAGGUGGCUGAUGGGGUAAUUAAGGAAUGUCACUUCAGCUGGUUUGGUUAGAAAUACUUCGACAAACAGGGAGCAGUGAUACUUUAUGGGAUCUUGCUAUAGCUGAAGUGGAGAAGAGAGAAAAUCCUGAAGAUGAUGGUGUCAAGUCAGGGGAAGUUUGGGAAAAAUCAAUAUUAUUUAUGGGAAACAAAAACGGGGGAAAGACCACUAUCAUACUGAGAUGCCUUGAGAGGGAAGAGUCUCCAAAGCCGACAUUAGCCUUGGAAUAUACUUUUGGAAGAAGGGCAAGGCGACCCAAUACACCUAAAGAUGUAGCUCAUUUUUGGGAACUAGGUGGUGGAACUUCAUUAGCAGAACUCAUUCGAAUACCAAUCACUAGCCACAACAUAAGGUCAUUUGCUGUAGUUCUGGUAUUGGAUCUCUCCAAACCGAAUGAACUCUGGAAUACUAUGGAGAGCCUUCUGCAGGUCACCAGGAACCACGUGAACAGAAUUUUAACCAAACUAGAAAAGACAAACGCUGAAGUAGCUGCCGAAAUUAAACAGAGAAUGUGGAACGAACUGCAGAGGGAUCACCCUGACUGUGCCUUAGUUGACCCUUUUCCAAUACCCUUGGUGAUAAUUGGAAGCAAAUAUGAUAUUUUUAAUGAGUUUGACUCUGAAAUGAGGAAAAUAAUAAGCAAGACACUUCGAUUUGUUUCACAUUAUUAUGGAGCAUCAUUAGUGUUUACCAGUAAAUCUGAAGCUCUCCUGCUAAAAGCCCGUGCUCUUAUUAAUCACUUGGCAUUUGGCUACGAUAAAAGCAAGUCUGUAUCAGUGGAUCCCAGCAAACCUCUCUUUAUACCAGCAGGCCUGGAUUCCAUGAGCCAAAUAGGACCGCCACCCGCCUCUGACAGUGAUCUUGGAAAGAUCACUGCCAACACGCCUUUGGAACUGUGGAAGAAAGUAUUUGAGAAAACAUUUCCUCCCAAGAGUUUCUGUGAUUUACAAGAUAUCAAGGACCCUGCACAGGACAGUCAAUAUGCUGAGUAUGAAGUUGAUGUCAUGAGAGCUCAGAAAAACCAGGAACUUGAACAAUACAAAAGAAAUGCCUCCAAAUCCUGGAAAGAAAUGGAUUUUGACUCCAAUUGAUGAACUGCUCUGUCUUCAGUUUAACACCAUUUACAAAAUUAUUUUUAUCAUUUUUACAUUACAUUAGCAAUUUCAUCUGAUGCAGUUGAAAAUGAAACCAUGAACUUAGUAUUUAUUAAGCACCCCUGUUGUUAUUUUUCAUAAAAGAAGCUGUUUAUUCGCUCAGUCCAAAUUUGUUUAUCUUGGCACCGACAAAGAUUAAAAAGUGGGGAGAAGGGAAUUCUAGAUUGCUCUCAGAUGGAUUUAUACAUCAAGACAUUAGUCAGUUCUAUGUAUUUUAUAAGUUAUAACACAUUAUUUGAUUUACUUUUGAACACUUCUACCCUAAGCAUAUAUUUAAAUAUAAACAAGUUAUCACACCCAAAAUAUGAAAUUGUAUAGUAUGCUAGCCAUCUUUUUGGAGUUCAAAACCAAAGCUUAAGAAAUACUUGCAUAAUUGUUGGAUAUAUUUGAAUAAAUAAAUAAAACUAAAACUGGCAGAAUAAAGUGGAGUUAAAACCAUC